CUACGUCACGCGGGGAGGUUUCAAGAUGGCGCUGCCCGGUAAGGGAGGUGUAGCUGAUGGAUGUGGGCUGUAGCCUUUUGUCAGAAGCAGCAUUUUGCUGUGUUUUGCUACCCAGUUCGGGAAAGACAGGCCGCCGCCAUGAACUGCUUGUGGACAUUACUGCUGGCCCAGAAGCUCUCUGCUGGAAGGGGCACUCUGCUGAUGAAGGCUACUUCUAAGAGGGAUCUUCGCCAGCUGCUGAGAAGUGACUGUCUCCAGAACUCCAGAAUGGGUACUGUCAGGCGCAUCCAGGUAAGCACAGCACUUGGCACUACCACCCCUCCAAAGGGCGAUGGAGACAAUGACAAAGAAUCCACCCAACGAGCCUUGGUGACUGUUGAAGAUAUCUUUGAGAGCACCACUGUAGCUGCAAAGACUAAAGCCACGUUUCAGGAAGCUGUGGACAUCUUCUGCAAGCGGGACAUUCGCCACAGGGGUCAUGUGGAAUUCAUCUAUGCAGCGCUGAAGAAGAUGCCAGAGUAUGGGGUAGAGAAGGACAUUAACGUCUAUAACAAAAUCUUGGAUGUCUUCCCCAAGGAAGUAUUUGUGCCUCGCAAUUUCAUCCAGAGGAUGUUCAAUCACUACCCUCGGCAACAGGAGUGUGGUGUCCAGGUGCUUGAGCAGAUGGAGACCUAUGGUAUCAUGCCGAACAAGGAGACAAAGUUUCUGCUCCUCCGGAUCUUUGGGGACAAGAGCCACCCUGUGAGGAAAUACCAGAGGCUCAUGUACUGGUUUCCUAAAUUCAAGCACGUCAACCCUCACCCAGUUCCAAAUCCUCUGCCAAAGGACCCAGUAGACCUGGCAAGGCUGGGCCUGCAGAGAAUUGCAGCUGACCUGAGUGGCAAGGUUACCGUAUAUCAGCUGCCCCAUUCGGAGAUUUUGGACUCUGGAAAAACAAUUGACCACCCGCAUAUUGUAGGAAUCCAGAGCCCUGACCAGCAAUCGCUCCUGGCUCAGCACAAUACAGACAGGCCUGUUUUUGUUGAAGGCCCCUUCCGCUUGUGGCUUAAGGAGACGUGUGUUUAUUACUAUGUGCUCAGGGCAGAGCUCUUGCCUCAAGAAGAAAGGAAGGAAGAAGUGAUUGACCCAGAAAGGAAUUUCUACUACCCUAUGCACCUAGAUAUUGAUCUGGAACGGGAUCUUUGGGAUGACUACGAAUUUGACAUAGAUGAAGUUGAAGAGGGCCCUGUAUUUGCCAUGUGUAUGGCAGGGGCAGGAGACCAGGCCACCUUGGCCAAGUGGAUUGUGGGUCUUCAGAAAACAAACCCAGUUUUGCGUCAGACGCCGGUUGUGUUCCGUCUCACCCCUGGGCCCCGGGAGCUACAGUCAGGCACCAACUUGGAUGACGAUAGUGAAGAGGAGAUGGCGGAAGCUCAACGCCUCAACAGGGAUCUUUGAGCACGUGUUUUAGUUUUCAACAGAGGUCUUUAAUUUAUUGAGUAUAACUUCAUGCUUGUGCUUUGAAUCCCAGGAUGCUAGUGCAAUCAUUCCUACAAAUGAUCGGAGGAAUUUUGGGUUCAGUCUUGAUUGCUUGGUUGCAACCUCUUCUCUCAGCUGCAACACUUAACACAGAACAUCUGUGGACAGAGUUGACAGCUUUGUUAUAGCAGCAGCAGAGGAAUGUUGCACCUCCUUUUGGACAGCUUCCUCCCCCAGAUAAACUUUCAGAUCAAGAAUGCAUACUU